UGGAGCCGCAUGAUGUCGCUGUCUACCGUGAAGUUACAUUAGCUCUUUAUUCAAGUCCCUUCCUCCCAUUACUGCAUUCUUCCAUGAGUGUGGGAUGAUGGCGGGCGCAGAUGAAUUGGAUUAACAGACUCGGGAUUCAUUUUAAUGCCGAGACAAGAUCUUCUGACGGAAAUAAGCCAACAAGUGUUUGAAAUGGUUAUUACCCCUGAAGACCGACUGGGAUCCCGGUGUCUGCUGCUCUUGGUUCUGCUCCUUCCAGCCUGGGAGGCCGGCAGCGGCCAGAUCCACUACUCGGUCCCAGAGGAGGUCAAACACGGCACUUUCGUGGGCCGCAUCGCGCAGGACCUGGGGCUGGAGCUGGCGGAGCUGGUGCCGCGCCUGUUCCGGGUGGCGUCCAAAGGGCGCGGGGAUCUUCUGGAGGUAAAUCUGCAGAAUGGCAUUUUGUUUGUGAAUUCUCGGAUCGACCGGGAGGAGCUGUGCGGGUGGAGCGCGGAAUGUAGUAUCCACCUGGAGGUGAUCGUGGACAGGCCGCUGCAGGUGUUCCACGUGGAGGUGGAGGUGAAGGACAUUAACGACAACCCGCCUGUGUUCCCUGUAAAGGAACAAAGAAUAUCGAUUUACGAAUCUAGGCUGCCAGAUUCUUUGUUUCCACUAGAGGGCGCGACGGAUGCAGAUGUUGGCUCAAAUUCUAUCUUAACCUACAAACUCAGUUCCAACGAAUACUUCGCUUUAGAUGUGAAAACAAACAGUGAUGACAGUACACAAAUAGGGCUCGUGUUAAGGAAAUCCUUGGACAGAGAGAAAGCUCCCGAACAUAAUUUAUUACUCAUGGCCGCUGACGAAGGCAAACCUGAGCUCACUGGCACUGUUCAGCUGCUAGUCAUCGUACUGGAUGUAAAUGACAAUGCUCCCAGUUUUGGACAGUCUGAAUAUGAAGUAAAAAUAUUUGAAAACUCAGAUAACGGAACAAUAGUUAUUAGACUAAAUGCUUCUGAUAGGGAUGAAGGAGUAAAUGGGGAGGUGUCAUACUCUUUUAAUAGUCUUGUUCCACCCAUUGUUAGUGACCAAUUUAGAAUAGAUCCCCAAACUGGAGAAAUAGUAAUUAAAGGGAAUAUAGAUUUUGAAAAGGUGAAUUUAUACAAAAUCCGUAUUGACGCGACGGACAAAGGCCACCCUCCCUUGGCUGGUCAUUGCACUGUUUUAGUGAAAAUUUUGGAUGAAAACGAUAACGUCCCUCAGAUUGCAUUGACAUCCUUAUCCUUGCCAGUCCGAGAAGACGCUCAAUUUGGUACUGUUAUAGCCCUACUUAGCGUGUCCGAUCUUGACUCAGAUGCCAACGGGCGGGUGACCUGCUUUCUGACGCCCGAUGUUCCUUUCAAACUGGUGUCUACCUUCAAGAAUUACUAUUCGCUGGUGCUAGACAGCGCCUUGGACCGCGAGAGCGUGGCCAACUAUGAGCUGGUGGUGACCCUGAUGGUUUUUGUUUAG